AUGGCGCUUCUUCUCGCUAGACGCUAUCGCAGAUUCCCAUCAGCCCCAUCUUUGAUUCGCUUCUUCUCCAAUUCCUCAUCGGAUCCACCUCCCAAAUCCGCGAACGCAUCCGUCGAGAAACCUCCCCAGUCUCAAUCGAACUCUCCCUUCACCGACAUCAAGUCCACUCUCAAGAAUAAUUCAUCUCAAGCUCGGAAUCACGGAUCGAGCCGAAUCUCCGGUAGCGGGUCGUCACAGGAUUUAAGCAUCAACCUCGCCAAGUUUCAGCGUAGAUCCGCCGCUCCACCUCCGAAGAGCGAAUCGCCUUCGACUUCCUUCGAGACGCUCUAUAAGCAGAAUGUUGCAGCGGGUGCAAACUCUUCGGAUCCUAGUAAUCUAAGAGGUCAUGAUAUCGAUUUGAGUAAAUUGCGGGAAAAUUUGAAAAAUUUGAAGUCGCAGCCCAACACAGAGAUGGCGGGAAUGUCUUUACGAAGAAGAAACGUUGGUUCUUCGGAUGUGUCAGUGAUCGGGAAAGACAUGGAGGAUGGGAAUGGUAGGGAAGGUGAAACGGAGGAGGAGGUGACGAUGACGGAGUAUUUAAAGAUGUAUAGGGAAGAAGAGUUGGGUGAGAAGCUGAAGAUGCUUAGGCCAGAGGGGAAGAAGGAAGACGGGUGGUUCUCGUUGGAGGAGUUGAAUGAGAGGUUGGUUAAGCUAAGGCAAGCGGAAAAGAAAGAGGUCAAGAAUCAGCGUUGGAACUUCUCGGUGCUCAGGAAUGUUAUUGGAACACUUGAGGAUGAUAAAGCCAAGAACGAAGCUGUUCCCCUGCAGAAUCUAGACAUUCUAGGAUAUUGGGAUGGUACUCCUGAGUACAAGCAUUAUCCUCCUAAAGAUGAGCUAGUUGAAACUUACUUCCACUCAGAUAAUCUGUCAUCUGCGGAGAAGAUGAAAAUUGAGCUCACGAAAGUCAGGGAAGAUUUCAAGAUGUCGGAAUCAGAUUGUGGUUCUGCACGCGUGCAAGUGGCGCAGCUAACUACUAAAAUCAAGCAUUUGACCUCUGCUCUGCACAAAAAGGACAAACAUUCGCGGAAGGGACUCGUAGCAAUGGUGCAUAAACGGAAGAAGCUGUUGAAAUAUCUAAGACGAACUGACUGGGAUUCUUACUGCCUUGUCCUGUCACAACUCAGCCUUCGUGACACCCCGGAUUACAAGAUCCCGGAUUACAAGCAGUAAGCUUUCUGCGUUAGGACCCCCAUGGUUAUAUCUCCACACUCUUUUUGGUUUGGUCAACGCCCUGUUGGGAGUGAGAGACUUGGCUGUUCAAACCCUGUUAGGCAUUUUACUCUCUAGUGAAGAAACUCCCUCAACUAUCUGUUGUUUCAUUAUUCAUUAAUAUUUGAUAAUAGA